AUGUCUACCGUCGAAACUCAUUCAAACAGCCCAACCGCGCAGGAAGAAGACAACAUGGCGAUCCUGCGCCCAGCAAAACUGCCGCCCAGCACCUCACUGAACAAAGCCCUGUUCUCAAAAACACUCAACCUAGCUGCGGCGUCCGUGAGGGACAACAAGAACCUGUCAAAAUUAAGGCAGGCCCUCUCAAAAAAUGGCGACAUUCUGCCCAUAGAGAGGAUAUCUGCCAUCGCCCCAGACCCGGACACCGACCUCGCAGCAAAAGGUCGCAAAUGCCUCCUCCUCAAACCUUCCAUCUCUCCUAAGCAACCAGAGACAUGGGGCCCUCUCGUCUCGCAGUUGGUGAAGCAGGAGGACGUGGGCAUAAUUCCUUAUGAGCUGAAGCUCGACUAUGACUACUGGAACUACCGCGACGUGUUGUCGACGCUGUUGCCAGAGGAACUGCACGACGACAUCCCCUCCGGAUUCAACACGGCGGGGCAUGUGGCGCAUCUGAACCUACGAGACCAACAUCUCCCGUACAAGAUGCUCAUAGGUCAGGUGAUCGUGGAGAAGAACCAGCACAUCAGGACCGUCAUCAACAAGACGGACAAUGUGGGCACUGAAUCUGAGUUCCGGACCUUCGGCUACGAGCUGUUGGCCGGCGAGGACGACUUGAACGUUGAGCUGAAUGAGAACGGAUGUGUAUUCAAGUUCGAUUACUCCAAGGUCUAUUGGAACAGCAAGCUUGAAAAGGAGCACACGAGGCUUGUCAGGUCGUUCCAGCCGGGCGAAGUCGUCUGCGAUGUGAUGGCUGGCAUCGGGCCUUUCGCUGUUCCGGCUGGGAAGAGGGGAGUCUUCGUCUGGGCUAAUGACUACAACCCAGAGAGCUACAAGUAUCUUCAGGACGCUAUUGGGCGGAACAAGGUUGCGUCUUUUGUCCGGCCGUUCAACGAAGAUGGCCGCGUCUUCAUCCAUAAAGCAGCCAAUUCGGUCCUUGCAGCCUCACGGGCCGGUGAAGCAGCCGUGGUGCCCUCGAAACAAAAGUUCUCGCGCAGUAAUCCUGACGCCAAAAGGCCUCCGCCCACGGUCGUUCCCAUCCCGGCCACGAUUAGCCACUUCGUGAUGAACCUGCCCGCAUCCGCCACCGAGUUUCUGUCGUACUACCGAGGCCUGUACGCCGGACAGGAGGCGCUCUUCGCACCACACACGAAGACAAACCUGCCCGUGGUCCAUGUUCACUGCUUCGCCCUGAAGAGCGACGACGACGUGCCCAGAAUCGACAUCUGUGAGCGUGUUUCCAAGGAACUGGGCGUCACCUUGCGCUGGGAUGGGCAGAUUGUGGCAAUGGGAAGUGAGGUCCAGGACGGGCAGGUUGCCGUGCAUCAUGUUCGAGACGUGGCGCCGGCGAAGAGCAUGUAUUGUGCGAGCUUCAGGUUGCCGGCCGAGGUUGCUUUCGCUCCUAGGCAAUGA